AGCGCACUCUGAAAAACACAUUCCCUGGAUCUACAUCUACUAGGACGCUUCUGAUUAGGCCAGAAUCUUCUAUCUUUCACCAAGAAGGCUGCCACAGUUCCUCGGUCCGCAUCAGACGAGCCCGCAAUCGCCCAACACGAAUUCGCUCGUCACGAGCUCGCUCGCCGUGAAACACGGCGGACGGCACGAUGGUUAGCGCCAAGCGCCUCCUCCUCUUCCUGUGGCUCCUCGCUGCCACGUGUCAAUGCCUCUCUCUUCGACAUAUUCCUCCCCACGACCCGGAAGCCACCGCCGCCGACGACGGGGUCUCUUCACUUGCUACUAACGUGGAUGGCCCUCUGGACUCCACUACCGGGGAUGAUUCCGCCUCUAACGCGGAUGUCCUCGCAGAGAACCCCCCUACCGCCGUUCCCGUCAAUCCCGAUGGCAUCAGCAAUCCUAACUUCUUCCCAGUUUCAAGCGAGUCUGGAUCGGCCACCAGUAGCAGUGAUAGCACUGCUCUUUACAUCGUGCGACUGCAUUCCGCGCUCCCGCUCGCUGCCUACCGCGGAGCCGUCGCCAGCUUCUCCGGCUGGGGUGACGACGACGCUGACGACGAUACUCACGGCGGCACUUCCGUCCCGGCUGGACUAGCGGCGACGGCGGAGGCGGUGGACGAAGAGGCGACGGCGCUGGGCGGCAGAGUACCUCGGCGCGCGCGGCUGUGCGCGGACAACCCGCAGGUGGCGGCUUACGCGCAGAUGCUCGAGUCGCAGCAGACGCAGAUCGCGUCGGAAGUCGGCGUGGCGUCGACCAACGUGGCAUACAGCUACAAGUACUCGACCAACGGCUUCGCGGCGGUGCUGACGGCGGACCAGCUGCGGCGGGUGAAGCGGCAUCCCGCCGUGGCGUCGGUGCGGGCGAGCGCGCGGAAGCAGCUCUUCACGACGGAUUCGCCCGCGUUCCUCGGAAUGAACAGCGCCGGCUCGCUGUGGCCCGCGAAUGGCGGGCAGGCGAAGGCGGGCGAGGGCAUGGUGAUCGGCAUCUGCGAGACGACCAAGGAGUUUAAGUGCAACAACAAGCUGAUCGGCGCGCGGGCGUUUUACCAGGGCUUUAAGAGCGCCAACGGGAUGAAUCUCGCCGGUGACUGGCUGUCUCCCCGCGACGCCAACGGCCACGGCACGUGGUGUGCGGGCGCUGCAGCGGGCAACAGGGGCGUGCCCAUGGCGGGCGGCAAGGCGAGUGGCAUGGCGCCAGCAGCGCGCCUGGCGAUGUACAAGGUGUUCUGGAUGAACAAAGACGGCGACACGUUUGCAGACGAGUCAGACAUCAUCGCAGCCGUCAAUCAGGCCGUGGCGGACGGCGUGGAUGUGAUCUCGCUGUCCCUGGGCGGCGUGAACCCGAUGGACACCUACUUCGAUGACAUCGCUUUCCUCAACGCCAAUCUCGCGGGAGUGUUUGUCGCCUUUGCGGCGGGCAAUGACGGGCCGCCCCAGGGCUUCCGCACCCUUGACAACUACGCACCCUUCUAUCUCACAGUGGGAGCCAG